CUGUUUGUCGAGUCUCCGUAUGAACUAGUUACUGUCCACUCCUGCAUAAAACAAGUUGUUUUUUGUUGACAGUGGGCACUAAUUUAUUGACAGCUGCUGAUGCUGCUAAUCUUUACGGACACCUUUACGCGUCCAACUUGUAAACACAGAGUCGGUAAAGGAGAUCUUUUACCUUCUCGGGCCCGUGCGCAUCAACUCACUGUUUGACUGUUUGACGCAAAAGGGAUCUUCCGCCAUUAAGCCAUGAACUCCCCCACAUGGCAAAUGUUUAUCCGAGCCAAUCAUGGCACGCUCAUUAAUUCACACAAUAGUUCGCUGUGGGAAGCGCAUUAUACUCGCCUUCGCUGUUACCAACCACCCCAGCAACAAAGAUGUCGUCGCAUUGGGAAUCGCUACUCACACCUCAGGAAGUCCAUGCCUAUGCGCAGUUUUUUUCUGCAGCAAAUGGCAGUAAAUCGACUGUUGUUAGUGGACCAGAAGCAGUUGCCUUCUUCGCGCGGUCAGGGAUUCCUAACGAGAUACUAUCGGACAUUUGGGAAACUGCUGACCGAGACAAUUUGGGAUAUCUUACUCCCGAAACUUUCUCCAUUGCGCUAAAACUCGUUGCGUGUGCCCAACAUGGGCAUGAGGUUGCAGAGCCCAUCUUGUCAAGUGCCGUUCCACUGCCACAAUUUGAAGGAUUCAACCCGGACGCAACAACGAGUCCUAAUUCAAGAAACGAUAUCAUAUCUCCUGCUGAACGAGAAAAGUACCUCGGUAUCUUCCGUGCCCAUCAGCCUGUGCAAGGGGUUCUUGAUGCCGAAAAGGUUAAAAAUAUAUUCGACAAGUCCAAACUUCCAAACGAAUAUUUGGCGCAGAUAUGGAACCUUGCUGAUCUUCGCAAAGCCGGUAAUCUGAACCAGACUGAGUUCGUUAUUGCUAUGCACUAUAUCGCUAAACUCAUGGAUCGCUCCAUCACGACAUUGCCGGCCCAGCUACCUGCCCAAAUCUAUGGCUCAGCUGCUGGAUCCAUCCAAUCUUCGCCUGUCAUGCGACGGACGAGUAUGUCACCUGCGGCAAUGAUGCAGCAACGCCAGCUUACCGGCAGCAGUGUUAGCAGUAUCCCACCUCCACCCCCACGAACCCAGCGAAGCCGAACUGAAUCCAUCGAGUCGCUUGGAAGCAUGGCAUUUUCCGGCAAUAACAGCGCUUCUUCUUCUGGAUGGGAUGUAACGCCACAAGAAAAAUCACAAUACGACAUAUUUUUCAACCAGAUCGAUACAAAGCGUAUUGGUGCUGUUCAUGGCAACGAGGCUGUUGAGUUCUUCAAAAACUCGCGAUUGCCCGACACAGACUUAGCGCGAGUGUGGGACUUGGCUGACCUGGAGCAAAACGGACAAUUAACGCGCGAUGAAUUUGCCGUGGCUAUGCAUCUCAUCCAAAGCCGAUUAGCAGGAAAUCCAUUGCCCAACGUGUUACCCAGAAGUCUGAUCCCUCCUUCAACAACAGUAGCCGUUGAUAGAAUCACAUCACCACAGCAACCAUUAUACCAGUCUCCUCCUCCCACGACAAGAGCACCAUCACAGCCACUUGCUCCUCCACCUCCCCAACAGCCAGAAGCUGCGCAGGAAGACCUUUUGGGUGACUUCGGCGACAACGAAGAACUGACUACCGAAACAAAUGCCGUUAAUCAGCUUCAAUAUCAGAUAAAGAAUGUCCAGUCUACAACGGCACAAACCAAAUCACAAAAGGCUGGUGUACUCAGCAUACUAGAACAGAGCCGGAAACAAAAGGAAAACGUGGAAGCGCAAACAGCACAAUUGGCCAGUGCUCAACAAGCCGAAGGGCAACGACUGAUCGAGCUGCAGAACACAAUGCAAUCCGAAGAAUCAGAGUGGACGCGAGUGCAACGGGAGCACGAUACUGCCCAGAAGGAGCUAGAAGAAAUUCAACUAGAAGUAGCCAGAAUGGCGCAAACACUGGAUCAUGGUCGAACAGAGAGUGAAAGGUUGCGCCACCAAGUUCAUGAUGUCCAACAAGAAACGGCUGGUCUAGUGGGCCUAUUAGAACGUCUGCGGAUACAUGUCAAUAAGCAACGUUCUGUCGAUUCCACAUCUGCUGUCGCUGCCGCUCCCAGCGAGCCAUCAUCCAAACUUACCUUUGACGAUGUAUUCUCCCCGUCAGCAGCACCAGCAAGAGUAGCAUCGCCAGCGACAUCAGUGACACCGAAUACUGAGGAUGACUUUGACACGAUCUUUGCGCCACAGCCAACAACGGCGGAGAAGCGACAGCCUCCUCCACCACCGCCACCAUCACGACGAACAACUGUACGACGUCAAGAAGCACCCCAAACAACAAAGAAGGCUCGUGCGCCACCUCCCCCUCCUCCAUCAGCAACAGCAGCAGUAGUAGCCACAGUAGCUGCUACUGCUGCCACUGCGGCGGCCCUUGAAUCAGACGAAUCGGGAACCGAGACGACAACUUCUUCUGAUACAGAAAGUGCAUCCGAAGAUGCCAAGAGCCUUAAGACUGAGUCACCCACUGCACCAACUGCUCCUAAACCACCUACAACAUUGGAACCAUCUGCCACAAAUGAUCAAGACACGAAAUCUUUGGAGCAGUCAGCAGAACGUGAAACUGUGGAUAAAUCCAAUGAUACGGCGACAGAAACAACUUUUGAGGAACAGACACGGUCAUUAGAAAAGCCGCAAGACUCUAAGGUCGAUGAACUAGCUGAUGAUGAGGUUGCGGAAUCAGAUGCCAAGAAGACUCAGUCUUUGCAAGAGUCAGCAGAAUCUGAAGCUGCUUCUAUGCCUGUAAAGGAAGAACAACGAAAGACUGAUUCAUCGGAUGAAGUAUCGGAUGGAGUAUCAGAAUCAGAAGCAAAUGCAACACCUGACAACGCAGGAAAGGAAUCGACUCCUACCGAGGAGGACCACCACGUUUUCAUCGACUCCGGUCAAACCGCACCAGCUACCCUAUCAAAUGUUGAAGCAGGAACAAUUGAUGCAUCCACUGCUAAUCAAAGCGUAGAAGAGGGAAAAGAACCUUCUUCCCAACUUACGGUCGAGCUGCCCAAAGAAGAAGACCGAAAGACCUCUGAAAUCCUUGCCGAUCAACUGACGCCUAGUCUGGAUCAGUCUACAACCUCGAGCACAGUAGUAGAUUUAAAGCAAAAUCUUACAGAAGCAAAGCCUCAGGAAGCUCAAGAAGAAGCGUCUUUACAAGAUCGAAAUGAGAAGGAAAUUGCUACCCCUGUAUCAUCCUCGUCAUCUCAAAUUGAUGUCAAGGAUAUUCAUACGAGCGAAACACAGGUUGAUCAGCCCGAAGCGAAUACCAAAGUGGCGCAUGAAUCACACGAUCCAGCAACAGACCCUGUCUCCACAAGCAAAGAAGGUACUGCCGAAGUAAAUAACAACAACGAUUCCAAACUGUUUGCAGAAACGCAAGACGAGCCAGAACAAAGGGCGUUUACGGAUGCACCUAUUCCAGUUGAGAACGAGGCGGAUACAGAAAUCGCACGAGGAGAAGACACCAACGAUGAAUCAAUCGUUAAAGAGGCAGCAGGACCAGUAGCAGCAGUAGCAGCAGCACCCGUUAUUGAGGGCAUGACUGUACUGUCAAAGGAGACAGAAGAUUCUACAGAUGACGAUGUAUCAACCAAGCAGGGUGAGCUGAAGAACGAAGCCACGACGGGCGUCGAGGGCCAGGGCUUAGAUACAGGUGUACAGGAGGGCGGACCGGUUGGAGAAGGUGACAAUACGCAGACAAAAGAUAAGGAUACCGAAUCAGACAUCGAAGACGAGUUCUUAUCGAUCGAUGGCGAUGACGCUAAUCAAGACAUGGACGCUGACGACGAUCGCAAGACAAUGGACAACGAUAGCACCAAUGCAAAGGACAGCGGUCUGCAUGAUGGCAAGGAGAACAAGCCAAUGGAUGAACAGACCGAACCGAGAAUGAAACAUAACCAAGACAAAGGAGAAGAAGAGAAAGCUCUAGUGGUGGAUAAAGAACGUGCUGUAAGCACCUCAUCAUCUACCAAAUCCGAGGAGGAAGGGGGCGAACGGGGGUCAGUAGAUGACGCACACUACGUUGGUGGUGACUUGAUUACUAGCAAAGACGAAAGGUUACCCGAAGAGGAAAUAAGCACACACGAUAGUGGAACGCCCAAGAAUUUCGCAGGAUCCGUUUUAAUGACAAGCGAGCCGAAAGAACAUGUGGAAGAAGGAAGCCCGUCGAAGUCCAAGGAGCCCGAACAAGGUUUGUCGACGCAUGGGGAUAGUACUGCAAACGAGGAGGAGCAACGAAAAGAACAGCCAGCAAACGAAGAUUUCGAUGCUGUGUUUAUGGAGCGACCAAAUGAUACAGAGCGAUCAUCGUCGGAUGAAGGAGGAGGCGAGAGUUUCGAGAUCAUUUCUUCCACAACAAGCCCCAACAAGGAUCACCAAGCACUACCUGCUGCUGAUGAAUUCGAUGCCGCCUUUGCGAGCGAGCUCCAGCAAGCCAAAGUAGUUAACGACUCGUCGCUUCUCAACCAGGACGACUUCGACGCAGCUUUUGCUGACGAGCUCACCGAUGCUAAAGUUGUCCAUAACAACAAAAGCGACAGCGAAAAGGGAGCUACAACGCAGGGAGAUAAAUUGAGUUGGGCAAGCAACUUUGGCGGAUUUAACUUUGAAGACUUCGACUCGAAGAAGAAAGACGACGAGUGGGACUCUAUCUUUGGUGGUGACGAGAGCAAAGCAGGGGGAACCGAGCAUGUGGGAUUCCAAGACGCGUUUUCUGCAAGCUUUAAUAACAGCAAUCAUCAUGACAAUGCCAGCAGUAGCAGCAACAACAACAACAACAACAAAAAUAUUAAUAUUAAUAGCAGUAAUAACAGUAAAAAUGAGCAAGGUACAACAGUAGCAGCAACUGAAGAAGAAGAAGAAGAAAGAAGCAACAAGGAGCCGCAGCAAGAAAGGGGAAUACCGACUGUCGGUAGCAGUAAUUUAGACCAACUAGUUAUAAUGGGUUUUGACCGAGAUUUGGCCAAGGAAGCUUUGGACAGAUACGAUCAGGAUCUGGAAAAGGCGACCAACUUCUUGUUGGACUUGGCAGCUAAAUAAACAAGAACUUUAAUAAGGG